CUCAAGAAGUAAUCUCUAAGCUGGACUAAAACGGGAAAUCAACGCUAAAGAGUAAAGAUCUCCCUUCCAGUCUCCCCACUCCAACAGAAGAAAUCAUCCACAUCCACCAAUCCACCAUGGAUGCAUCAAAAUCUUAUCAAUUCCUUGCGAAGAAGCCUUACCAGCCCCCCUCUUGGGCUUCUCAUCUCACCCACAUCCCCUCCCAUGUAUACUCUCUCGGACACCUUCCUACUCCGAUUCACAAAUGGAACUUGCCCAAUCUUCCCAAGGACACUGAGGUCUGGUUGAAGCGUGAUGACCUUUCAGGAAUGCAAUUGAGUGGUAACAAGGUGAGGAAACUGGAAUUCUUGCUUGCAGAUGCUGUGGCCCAGGGAGCAGAUUGCAUUGUCACUAUUGGUGGCAUUCAAAGUAAUCAUUGUCGUGCUACUGCUGUUGCUGCCAAGUAUUUGAAUCUCGACAGUUAUCUUAUACUGCGAACAUCAAAAGCUCUUGUGGAUAAAGAUCCUGGAUUGACAGGGAAUCUCCUUGUUGAGCGUUUAGUUGGAGCUCACAUCGAUCUUGUUUCAAAAGAAGAAUAUGCUAAAGUUGGGAGUGUGGUUCUUACUAACAUAUUGAAAGAAAAAUUGUUGCGUGAAGGGAGAAAACCAUAUGUCAUACCUGUUGGUGGAUCCAAUUCACUAGGAACUUGGGGCUAUAUUGAAGCUAUUAGAGAGAUUGAACAGCAGGUUCAGCAUGCCACUUUUGCACAAAGAUUUGAUGACAUAGUUGUAGCAUGUGGAAGUGGGGGUACGGUAGCUGGAUUAUCAAUUGGAUCGUGGCUUAGUAGCUUGAAGGCAAAAGUUAAUGCAUUUUGUGUCUGUGAUGAUCCUGAGUACUUCUAUGAGUAUGCCCAAGUCCUCCUCGACGGACUCAAUGCAAAGAUUAGAUCAUCUGAUAUUGUCAGCAUCCAAAGUGCCAAGGGUCUUGGAUAUGCUAUGAACACAAGCGAGGAACUCAAAUUUGUCAAAGAGAUUGCUGAAACCACUGGUGUAAUUCUUGACCCCGUUUACAGCGGGAAAGCAGCAUAUGGGAUGAUGAAAGACAUGGGUGAGAAUCCAAAAAAGUGGGAAGGGAGGAAGAUUCUUUUCAUACAUACUGGGGGACUGCUGGGUUUGUUCGACAAAUCAGACGACGUGCAGGCGUCACUGGUGGGGGGCAGCCGUUGGCGCAAAAUGGACAUCAACCACUCCGUUCCUAGGAAGGACGGUACCGGUAAAAUGUUCUAAAAUGCCCCGGCGUAAAAGAUAUAGCAUGUUCCUCACCAAUUGUCAUUGGGUUUGGGUCGACCAUACAGGUUAUUAUAUUCAAAUUAGCAUUUUCAUUUUGCAAUAAAAAAAAUAUCAAAAUACAUAUACUAAAGCUAUUAAGAUAGUAUGUACCUAUUUUGAAUGGUAUUAAAAUGUAAAUAUGUACCUAUUUUGAAAAAGAUAAUAUAAAAAUUUAAAUAUGUAUUAUUUUGAAAAAGAAAAUGUAAGAUAAUUAUGUGAUAUAAUUAUAAACUUGUUUGAUACUUAAAUUAGUUUAUACACUAAAAAUUAGUAAUGUGAAAAACAAUGAACACAUAACUUUAUUUUUACAACAUUAUUUUUUAUAUUGUAGUACAUGAUUUCAAAAAACUUUUGCAUUAGUGGGCAAGUCGGUUUCAGUUAGAUUUGACUAGUCAUUUCGGCUUUUGUCAUUUUCAGGCAAUAAAACAUUAAAAUUUUUGUUCAAAGUUCAGUAUUUGCGGGUAAGAUUUCUUGCAAAAAAAAGGCUGGGUUAAUUUUUGAUAGGUUUAGAUAUGACAUUAUGUGAUUGGUCCCCAUGACAUAUACCGAUUAUCUUUUUAUAAAAACAAAUACGGAGUAUUUAC